AUGGCGCGAUUCCUGGUGGCUCGCGCCGCCAAGAGCGACAGCGUCUUCGGCGGUUCCGACCCCACCGCCUUUGAGACGUCCAAUCCGCUGCGUCUGUUCAUCAUCCAGGCCGCCAUCAUCAUCAUCGUCACACGCGUACUCGGCUUCGCGCUCCAGAGACUGCGCCAGCCGCGUGUCAUCGCAGAGGUCAUCGGCGGCAUCCUCCUCGGCCCCACCGCCAUGGGUCGUAUCCCCGGCUUCACAAAGCACAUCUUCCCACCGCCCUCGCUCCCCUACCUCAACCUUGUCUCCACCCUUGGUCUCGUCCUCUUCCUCUUCCUCGUCGGCCUCGAGGUUGAUGUGCGCGUCAUCCGCCGCUGCGCCAAGGAGUCCACCGCAAUCAGCGUCGCAGGUAUGGUCCUCCCAUUCGGCAUGGGCGCUGCCGUCUCGGUCGGCAUCUACAACGCUUUCAUCGACAAGGAAAAAGUCUCCUUUGGCCACUUUAUCCUCUUCACGGGUGUCGCAAUGGCUAUCACCGCGUUCCCUGUGCUCGCCCGCAUUCUCACCGAGACAAAGCUUCUGUACACCAAGGUCGGCGUCAUUGUGCUCGCUGCCGGUGUCGGCAACGAUGUCGUCGGCUGGAUCCUCCUCGCCCUCACCGUCGCCCUCGUCAAUGCCGACACGGGCCUCACCGCGCUCUAUAUUCUGCUCUGCGCCAUUGGCUGGAUCCUCGUGCUCUUCUUCCUCAUCAAGCCCUCGUUCAUCUGGCUCGCACGCCGCACCGGCAGCUUCGAGAACGGCCCCAACCAGGUCAUGAUCAUGAUCACCCUCCUCCUCGUCCUCGUCAGCGCCUGGAUCACCGACAUUAUCGGCGUACAUCCCAUCUUUGGUUCCUUCCUCGUCGGCCUCAUGGUGCCCCACGAGGGCGGCUACGCUAUCGCUCUCACCGAAAAGAUGGAGGAUCUCGUGCUUGUCGUCUUCUUGCCCAUCUACUUUGCGCUUUCGGGCCUCAAGACCAACCUCGGUGAUCUCAACUCGGGCAAGGCGUGGGCGUAUACCGUGGCCAUCAUCAUCAUCGCCUUCUUCUCCAAGUUCAUUGGAUGCGCCGCUGCAGCCAAGGCUUUCGGCUUCAAUCUGCGAGAGUCGGCCGCUGUCGGCACGCUCAUGUCGUGCAAGGGCCUUGUCGAGCUCAUUGUGCUCAACAUCGGUCUCUCGGCGGGCAUCCUCGACACGCGCGUCUUCUCCAUGUUCGUGCUCAUGGCCGUCGUGUCGACCGUCAUCACCACGCCGCUCACGCUCUGGGUGUAUCCCGAGAGCGUGCGCACCCGACUGGACGAUGCAUCCAUUCACUCGCACCACGGCAAGACCAUCUCCGGCGACGAGGAGGACGAUACCGACACGAGCUCGCGCCUGUCGCCCAAGCGCCUUCUCGUCGUGCUCAGCAGCUUCGAGCACCUGCCCGGCCUUAUGACGCUCGUCCAGCUCAUGCAGCCAACACUUGCCGCCGCCAACCCUUCUUCCGGUCUCGCCAACGAUGCGUCGGCCGGCCUCCGCCGACGUCGCUCCAAACAGGCUUCGGCUGGAUCCGAGGGUGAUGCGGCCGAAAAGUCGACCGAGACCGGCGAUGAUUCGGUCAACUCGGUCGACGGCGCCGACGAUGGCCAGUACCAGCCGCCGACGCUUGCGUCCGAGGCGCCCUACGCCUCGAUCAUGGCGGCGCGCUCGCAGGCGCAGAUCAGCAUCGAUGCGCUGCGCCUCGUCGAGCUCACCGAUCGUACCUCGGCCGUGAUGAAGGUGUCCGAGUCCGAAGACACCAUGCGCGCCGACCCGAUCAUCAACGUCUUCCAGACCUUCGCCCAUCUCAACGGCCUGCCCGUCCAGUCGACCAUGUCGGUCAUACCGCAAGAGGAGUUUGCUCCGGCCGUCACACGGCGCUGCAAGGCGGCGGGAAGCAACUUUAUCAUCCUGCCCAUGACGCUCUCGCAGGCUGGUGCGGGGCAGGGCAGCGGUGGUGGAGCUCAGGAGGCUGGCGCCGCCGGGCCUUUGUCGCCGCUGGCUGCGACGCUGACGAACCCGCUCGAGAGCCUGUUUGGCGGUGGCUGGGCCUCGAACGCGUCGGAAGGGCUCAAGGGCAAGUACUCUGCGCAGCACUUCAAUGUGGUGCGCAAGAUCAUCCAGACGACCGAGACGGACGUGGGUGUGCUGAUCGAGCGCAAGGCGCAGCAGGCCGGAGGGCUGGGCAUGCUGUCGCGCGUGGGCUCGCAGUCGAUCCUGUUUGCGUUUAUGGGCGGGCCGGACGACCGUGCGGCGCUCGACCUGGUGUCGCGGCUGUGUGCCAACAAUCGCCACCUGUCGGUGCUGGUGGUGCGCAUGUCGCGCAUCUCGUCCGAGGAGGCGGGCGAGGAGCAGCUGCCGACGGUGCCGCCGACGGUGCACCACGAGAUGAGCCUGGGCCAUGCGCACCAGUCGGUGCUGCGCGGCGGCAGCAACAUGGACACGGUCUACCCGACGCACUACGGCGGCGGCGUGGCGAUGCAGUCGGCGCUCGAGGCGACGCUGGAGGACGACCUGGCGCUGCAGCGCGUGCAGGACCAGGUGGCGGCGGACCGGUUCGGCGGGCGGCUGACGAUCGAGACAGUGAGCACGGCGCGGCCGCUGCGCGAGCUGAUGCAGCUGGCCGAGAGCAAGCAGCCUGCGAUUGUGGUGGUGGGUCGCGGCAGGAGGAAUCCGACGCAGACGCACCGCGAGGAACUCAAGGCGCUCAUCCAGACGCACCACUCGGCCGACGCGACCGAGCGCCAGCUCAACAGCGAGAUCACCAAGGUGAUUGGCGAGCCGGCGACAGCGCUGACCUUCGCGCACACGGCGGCGAGCACGUUGGUGAUUGCGGCGGGCUUCUCAGUUGCCCACCGUGCAUGA